AUGAUGUGUUACUGCAAUGACUUUGUUAAUCUANACGAUAAUGAUCUGCGAAGUAAUGCAUGUGAUGCACUUGGUGAUAUCAGUGAAAAAGCAGCCACGAAGGAAGUGAUCGACGGACUUCUCGUGGAACUGAGGAGCGUCGAUAAUGAUCUGAGAAGUCAUGCAUGUGACGCACUUGGUCGUAUGGGUGAAAAAGUAGCCACGAAGGAAGUGAUCGAUGGACUUGUCGAGGCACUCAGGAGCGACGAUAAUUAUCUGAGAAGUGAUGCAUGUGACGCACUUGGUUGUAUCGGUGAAAAAGCAGCCACGAAGGAAGUGAUCGACGGACUUCUCGUAGCACUGAGGAGCGACGAUAAUUAUCUGAGAAGGGAUGCAUGUGACGCACUUGGUCGUAUGGGUGAAAAAGCAGCCACGAAGGAAGUGAUCAUUGGUUUGGACUAUGCUUUGGAAUGUGAGUGGAGUAAAAUGCAUGAGUCAUUGGCUGAUUAUGGAUCGAUGUCGGAGGGUCGAGUAAGAUGUUAUGUGAUUGCAAUGUCUGCGUUAGGUGUGUUUUGGGAUCCAGAAGUCAAGUUUGGUGAGGCGGGAAUAAUCGCUAUGGAAUGUGUUGAGCGGGGAUUGAUGUCACCGGUCCGACUGGUCAAAGUGUGUAUCGAGGGAGGGGAGCAGAUGUUUUUGCGUGGUGCUAUCUAUGCAUGUUUUAUCACUGAAACUGCGGUCGCUAUUCAUGGCAGUUGCUUGUGUAUUUAUGAUAGGGAAGGCGUGAGAAAAGUAUCUAUUCCGCCGGGUCGUGAGAGUUUAGUGGAUGAACUGCGAAAGGGUGCGUGCCGAGCGAUCGGUCAGCUUGAUUUGAAGGUUGACAUAGAUUGGAAUAGACCAUGGCAGGGAUAUCGUAGUGAUGAUACUCGUCUGUAUGAAAGAGAUCGAAAGUCAAAAUGUUGUACAUGUAGCUAA